AUGCAAAGAUUUUUAGAUCCAAAUAGGCACGAACACCCAUUAAAUGUUUAUAUAACAGAUGAAGGAUUAAAUUUGUGGCCUGCUAAUAUUUCAACGGAAUUAAUAGACGACAUAUUUCCAGACUCCUUAUUAGUGUGUCAUAUUUAUGAGGCUUAUUUAUAUAUUAGUUCUAAAAUUGAGGAAAUUAAGAAAAAACAUCAACAAAUGGGAGGAAAUAGGAAUAAGUUUAAAGCAUCAAGAAAUUCGAAUGAUAUAUUUUCUGAAUCUAAUUAUAAUUCAGAUGUCACAACUGCACCUAUUAUUAACGAAUUUUUUAAUGGGCCAUCAUCGAAUUCUUCUACGUUGCCAUCAGAAAUACCAUUUAAUAAUGAUUUUGUAUCAGGCUCUGCAGGAUCAUCAAGGUCACGUAAUGAUCAACAAAGAAAUCGAUCAAAAAAGCAAAAUAAAUAUGAUGCAAUGUAA